AACAUGGCGAGCUGAUUUUUUCUCAUUAAAAGGGGAAUUUUGGAUCAUAGGUUUCUCUGCUUGUUGCUCACACUCAGCUCAAGAAUCUCUAUCCAACAGCCGUACCAUCAAAUCCGUUUCGUAUUUGAUCAACUUUUCAUCUCUGGAUUUCUAAACUCAGUUCAACAAUGGCGGGUCUUGCGAUUGUUAUGGAUCUAUUACGGAAAAAUCCGGCCGUCAACGCACCGCAAAGCUUCCACUCUUAUGGGGCGUUCUCCGCCGCCGCUGCCGCUGCUGGAACCCCUUUUGCCUUCAGAGCUUUCUUAGGUAACCGGAUUCCAAUUGCUCAUUGUGAUGCCGGUGUGGACGUGACCGGGGACUACCUCUCAAAUCUACAGAGUGCAUCAAGGAAAAUCUUUCAGCAUGAGUCUCUUCAAUACACUACAAAGGAGUACAACAUUGAGUUAAAGCCAUUAUUCUCUGCUUUUCAAUGGAGGAUGCUCGGUAUGACAACGUUGAGGUCGUUUCUGAUGUUUUAUUUGCCUCUUUUGGAGCCCCGUGCAAAGUUGGAAGACGAGGACGAUGAGGACUUCUUCAACGAUGCUCAAGAAGAGCAGCAAGUUGAUCUAGUUUCUCCGUUUAAAAAGUCCAUCAAGCAAAUCGUCCGUGAGACUACCGUCGUCACAACGAGACGCGUCUUGGAAAGAAUUUCGGUCCACUAUUUUUCGCAGCGUAUUGCAUGGAAGCUUCUUAAAGAUGUUCCGAAAUCCGCCAUUCGCAAGGCUGGACGAGGACUGCCUACUUCGGUCUACUUCUUUAGAGUUAGCAGGACGACGUUCAGAGGACACGCUCUAGGAGUUGCAGCUUCAUGGCUUGUCCAAGUCGGUAUCGAAAUCUACCGAUACAUAUCUGCGAAAGUAAAGCCCAAAGAAGACGAUAUAAGUGAUGAAACUGAUAAAGUUAUACUUUUAAGGAAGAAGAUUGCAGGCGCUACUCUCCGAUGUAGCACAUCGCUAGUUUUCGCUUCCAUUGGAGCAGGCAUAGGCGCCACACUCUUCCGCCCAUCGACAGGCCAGUGGAUCGGAUGUGCUGUGGGGGACUUGGCAGGGCCUGUUAUUGUGACAAUAUGCCUGGAGAAAACGUUGAACUUGGAUCUUUAGCUCACUUGGGGUAUAGUCUUCUGACUCAUUCUUUGAAACUUCAUAUGGGAAUGUGUAUUGAUUUCUUCUGGAUUUUCUUCUACUCAGCCCUGCGGACAGGCCAUUAAUGCAUAAACUCCAUUUUUCUGUAAUAGCUUUUUGGUUACAUUAUCAUUUUAGGCCUAAUGAGAUACUUUGAUUUUAAUA